AUGACGAAUUAUAAAAAAACUUAAAUUUUACCUGUUUUAUCAACUUAUGAUUUUCUGUUUAGCAAUUAGUUGAAAUAAGAUAAUUUGAUUUAAUAGAAGCUUGAAUUGAAUAAUUUAAAAAACUUCUACGUUAUGAAUAAAAAUCAAAAAUUUUGA